CGAACAAGAUGGUGACGUCGCCUCCGGCCCGCAGACGAGGGCGGAGCGAGAGGGCGCGCGCCUGGAGAGCAGGGCAUGGGCGUGUGGCGGGCGAGUGUGAGUCAGCAUGAAGGCGGACGCUGCCCUGGGCACCUGACGACCACCCCAGCCUCAGGACCCCUCCCCCCCCCGAGAUGCAUGAUGAGUCUGGGGGUCUGCUCGGAGCGCUGUCGCUGGGCUGAGCUCACGAACUCGUACCACAAAAAACUCCUCCUAGUGCCAUAUAUAAAGAGAGUAUAUAGAGAUAUAUAGAUAAUAUAUUUAGAAAGAGGAAGAAAGAGAGAAAGAGAGAGCGAGGGAAAGAAAAGUAUAUAUAUAUUUAUAUAAGAAGUCUAAAGUGAGAAGGGCGGCGGCGAAGGUGAUGGCGCGAGUGCUCGAGAGAUCGUCGCUCCUGCUGGCUGUGUGCGUCGCGGUCGCCCUCGCGCUCGACGACAGGGCCGCCGACUUCGGCAAGGGCAAGAUCUGCAUCGGGACGACGGGGCGCAUGUCGGUGCCGUCGAACCGCGAGCACCACUACCGUAACCUACGCGACCGCUACAUCAACUGCACCUACGUGGACGGCAACCUCGAGCUCACGUGGCUCCAGGAUGAGAACCUCGACCUCUCCUUCCUGCAGUACAUUCGAGAGGUGACGGGCUACGUGCUGAUCUCGCAUGUGGACGUGAAGAAGAUCGUGCUGCCGUCGCUGCAGAUCGUGCGCGGGCAGACGCUCUUCAAGCUCUCCGUCCACGAGGAGAGCUUUGCGCUGCUCGUCACGCUCUCCAAGAUGCACACACUCGAGAUGCCCGCGCUCAGAGACAUCCUCGAGGGCGGCGUGGGCGUGUUCAACAACUACAACCUGUGCCACAUGGAGACGAUCGAGUGGAAGGAAAUCAUGACGGACCCCAACUACAAGUACAUCUUCGUCUACAACUUCACGGAGCCGCAGCGCGUGUGCAGCUGCCACAAUUCGUGCAAGAAGGGCUGCUGGGGCGAGGGGGCGCACAACUGCCAGAAGUUCAGCAAGCUCACGUGCUCGCCGCAGUGCCACCAAGGGCGCUGCUACGGGCCCGGGCCCAGGGACUGCUGCCACCUCUUCUGCGCCGGAGGCUGCUCCGGCCCCACCCAGAGCGACUGCCUGGCCUGCCGCAACUUCUACGACGACGGAGAGUGCAAGCAGGAGUGCCCGCCCAUGCAGAAGUAUGACACCAUCUCGUACUCGUGGGUGACGAACCCCUACGGGAAGUACGCGUACGGCGCCACCUGCGUCAAGAGCUGUCCGGAGCACCUGUUGAGGGACAACGGCGCGUGCGUGCGGACGUGCCCGAAGGGGAAGAAGGCGGUGGACGGCGAGUGCGUGCCGUGCAACGGGCCGUGUCCGAAGACGUGCCUCAGUGAUCAGUACAUCCACGCGGGCAACAUCGAUAAGUUCAAGGGCUGCACCAUCAUCCAGGGCUCCAUGACCAUCCUGGACCACUCGUUCGACGGCUUCCAGGAGGUCUUCGACAACUUCACCUUCGGCGACCGGUACCCCAAGAUGAGGCCGUCCAAGCUGGAGGUGUUCAGCACGCUGAAGGAGGUGACGGGCCACAUCAACAUCCAGGCGUCGCACCCCGAGUUCACCAACCUGUCCUUCCUGCGCAACCUGGAGGUGAUCGGCGGCCGCGACCUCACCGAGUACUUCUCGUCGCUGUACAUCGUCAAGACGUCGCUCAAGAGCCUCAACCUGCGCUCGCUGCGGAAGAUCCGCUCCGGCAAGGUCUACAUCCUGGAGAACAAGGACCUGUGCUUCGUCGACAAUAUCGACUGGAGGAAGCUGAUCGAGAACAGCGGCGACUCGAGCUCGGAGCUGCUGCUGCAGAACAACCGCGUGAGCAAGCAGUGCGUGGAGGAGGGCCUGGUGUGCCACAGCGAGUGCAGCAAAGAGGGCUGCUGGGGCACACUCGACGACGAGUGCCUCUCGUGCAGGAACUUCAAGCUGGGCGAGCGCUGCGUCAACAACUGCAACAUGCCCGGCAUCUACCAGAUGGGCUCCAAGGAGUGCAGCUUCUGCCACUCGGAGUGCGACGGCAGCUGCAACGGGCCCGACUCCAACAACUGCGACCGCUGCAAGAACGUGAUGGACGGGCCGUACUGCGUGGACCGCUGCCCCGACACCAAGUUCAACGACGACGGCAUGUGCCGCGCGUGUCACGAGAACUGCGUCGACGGCUGCACGGGCCCCGAGAACACCAUCGGCCAGAACGGCUGCAACUCGUGCGAGAAGGCCGUCAUCAACGGCGACCUGGAGGUGGAGUACUGCCUGCACGAGAACGAGGCGUGCCCCGCCGGCUACUUCUCUGAGUGGGUGGCCCACCAGGAGACGGGCGCGCUGCGACGCCUCGCCGGGAAGACCAUCUGCCGCCGCUGCCACCCGCGCUGCAAGAACUGCACGGCCAACGGGUUCCACAUCAGCGUCUGCCAUGAGUGCGUCAGUUACCGCCGCGGCGAGCACUGCGAGGACGAGUGCCCCGCCGACCACUACGCCGACGAGAAGCUCCAUGAGUGCUUCAGGUGUUCCCCCGAGUGCUCGCACGGCUGCACGGGGCCCCUCGAGUCCCACUGCACGGCGUGUCGCAACUACCGGAUCUACCUUGACGGCGAGCCAGGUAUGAACAACACCAACUUCAACUGCACGGCCUCCUGCCCGCCCGAACUGCCCUACAAGAUCUUCCCCGAAGAUGCCUCGGACCCGUACUGUGGCAAAGACCCCUUGCUCCUUAUCGACGAGGAGAGCAUUCCCGCCAUCCUGGGUGGCACGCUGGGCUGCGUCUUCCUGCUGUGCAUCUUCCUGGCCGUGUUCUGCUACCUGUGGUGGCAGCGCAACAAGACGAAGGCGGCGGCGCUCAAGAUGACCAUGACCAUGAUGCCUUACGACGACAACGAGCCCCUCAAGCCGACCAACAUCAAGCCCAACCUGGCCAAGCUACGCAUCGUCAAAGAGGCGGAGCUGCGCAAGGGGGGCAUCCUGGGCUACGGCGCCUUCGGGACGGUGUACAAGGGCGUGUGGGUGCCGGAGGGCGAGAAUGUCAAGAUCCCCGUCGCCAUCAAGGUGCUUCGCGAGGGUACAGGAACAAACGUCAACAAGGAAAUCCUGGAGGAGGCAUACAUCAUGGCCUCUGUGGAUCACCCGAACCUCCUGCAACUCCUGGCAGUGUGCAUGACCACCCAGAUCAUGCUGGUAACGCAGCUUAUGCCCUUGGGAUGCCUGCUUGACUACGUUCGCAAUAACAAGGAUAAGGUGGGGUCAAAGCCCUUACUCAACUGGUGCACCCAGAUUGCCCGCGGAAUGGCCUAUCUGGAGGAGCGCCGGCUCGUCCACAGAGACUUGGCAGCGAGGAAUGUCUUGGUUCAGACUCCAAAUUGCGUCAAGAUCACGGACUUUGGUCUUGCCAAGCUUCUGGACUACAACGAAGAGGAGUACAAGGCUGCCGGUGGAAAGAUGCCCAUCAAGUGGCUGGCGCUCGAGUGCAUUCAGCAUCGGAUAUUCACUCACAAGUCCGAUGUUUGGGCCUUCGGCGUGACGGUGUGGGAGAUCCUGACCUACGGAGGACGGCCGUACGAGGACAUCCCGGCCAGAGAAGUCCCCGACCUGCUGGAGAAGGGCGAGCGCCUGCCCCAGCCCGCCAUUUGCACCAUUGACGUCUAUAUGCUCAUGAUCCGCUGCUGGAUGUUGGACGCUGAGAGCCGGCCGAGCUUCCGGGAGCUUGCGGAGGAGUUCGCGAAAAUGGCGCGGGACCCCGGAAGGUUCCUGGUGAUCCCCGGAGACAAACUGAUGCGCCUGCCAUCCUAUACGCCCCAGGAUGAGAGGGAACUCAUACGGUCGCUCUCGUCGGCAAUCGAGGGUGAUGGCGUCGUGAUGGCAGCCGAGGAGUACCUCCAACCCAAGUAUGGCACCGGCAGCGUCGGAGUCACUGGGACCACCACCACGUCCUCAACCUCAAGCUCCAACCCAACAACCCCCGUGAAGAAGACGAUGGGCGGCUACAGCACCGGAGCCGGCGCGGAAUACAUAUCCGACAGGGCCGAGUCGCCGCAGAACCGCCACAACCUCCAGCGGGAAAGGAAAUACGCCCACCUCGAGGCAGGAGCCGCCGGGUCUCCUGGGCAGAGGCCGCGUGGAGACUCUCUCACGUCGCGCUACUGCACUGACCCCCUCAAGAUGUUAGGUAAAGAUGCAGAUGUAGGUGACGACGAGUGCUUCAACGGCCAUGGCCCACCUCCUUCUGCGCCUGGCUAUGGCUGGGUGGGAGACCUCAGGCUGGACUUGCCUGUGGAUGAGGAUGAUUAUCUCAUGCCUUCCCCACAGCCAUCGGGCUUAGCUACUGUGGGUCCAUCUCACCAACAUUAUAUGGAUCUCAUGGCAGAUAAUCCAGAUGGACGUCGAAAUGACCAUCUGCGUGCAUACAAAGGCCCCAACGGCACAGCUGGGCAAUGGGUCGGAAUGGACAACCCCGAGUAUCACAUGAUGAACAACCGGGCCCAGAUGCACGCAGGGCGGCGCAUCCACCCACAGCAGACAGUUGGGGUCCCGGUGUUAGAGCCUGGCCGAUUCAGCAGUUACGGAGGGAGCAGUGGCCAUAGCAGUGUCAGUAGCAAUGGAGGCCCUCAGCAACACCAGCAUCACCAUCCUCACCCACCAGAAAUGGCUCACGAGUAUUACAACGAAAUCUCGUCGCACACACCUCACGCGCUUGCGGCACGCAGUGAAACAACUGUCUGAGUGCUUGGUGGUCUGUGAAGUGUUUGCCUUCUUCCCUUCCACUUUUAGAACUGUGUUUUUAAACUGUGUUUAUAGUCUUAAAUUUCUGUGGACGGAAGAGGGUUGUUUCGUGUUCAAAUGUGUCUUUCCCUGGAACUUAUGUUGGACCUCUGAUUGAUCUGAAAGGACAUGGCGAACCAAGGAGUUGUGAUGAACAGAAACGUGUUGUGAUGUAUUUCAUAGGCGUGAGAUCGAAGGAGACAGAGGCAGACAGGGAGCCACAAGCCAAAGUAGAGGUGGCGAUCAGUGCAAAGGAAUGUAGUGUGACAAGGGACCACAAGGUGGCAAGCGCAAAGUGCAUUAUAUUCCAUAGACUGUUCUUUUAGAACAUUUUUAACUUGUGAUAUGUGAGGAUGCAAGUUUCUGUGUACAUGGAUUUAAGUGGACUGCUAGAUUUCAGCAACAGCUAAAGUCUAUGGCCAUUUUGUGAAACUGAAUGCUACUCGUGUGGACAGACAAGACUGAGGGAAAAAGUCUGUCAGCUAGAACUCUUGAAGAGUUCAUCUUAUACUGUGAUUUUAAUAUAGUUUUAUGUAUUUGACCAUUUUGCAUUGUUGCAAUAGUACUGGUGUAUAACCUGUGGACCAACCAGCCCAUGGAAGCUUGUAACUAUUGAUGAUAUUAACAGUUAGACAACAACCUCCCACUCAAUGAGCAGGAUAUUUGUGUGUUCAGUAGGCAUGGAGUGAAUCAGUAGUCACCAGAACAAAAGAACUGUCACUCAUUGUCGUAAAACAUUUAAUCACUCCCAGUUGGAAUCCAGUAUGUACUAUUUAACUAACGACACAGCCAAUUCGUGCUUAAGUUAUAACAGACCAAUAUUCCACCUCCCCACCCCACUCCUUCCCCCAUCCCCCAGUGGUAUUUAACAAAAGUGGUGACUAAUAAUUCAACCAUAUAGUCUUGCAGAUGUAGGAUUAUUGACAGGAGAAAAGAAAGAUUAAACAAAUCCCUGAGUGCAAUCAUGACAAUCUUAUUUGAUGUGCGAAAAAACUUUUGAACAUCAGUGUUUCUAGGGAAGUAUAGCAAAGUUAAGGCACUUCAAGCGCCCAAAGUGGUAACACUCAGCUCAAUCUAUUUUUCUAUCCUUUUUUUUUUAGAACUGGUAGAGUCAGUCAUUACACUCGUUACUAUGCACUAAACUAUAUAUUUUUUCUCUCAUGCCCUUCACGUGCCAGUAUAUUUCACAGGAAACACUGAUUUUUUUUUUUUAUUAUUAUUUUGUUUUACAGUGCUGUAGAUAUAGCAAGUUUUCUUCUAUUAGGCUUCUGUGAAUCAGU